AUGCUGAAUAAUUUGGGAACUCGCCUAUUCAAGUCAGUCACUGAUAAGGCUGGCGAUCUUGGUGAUAAAUUUGAGGAGGAAUUCUCCAGAUUAUCAUUUAAUAUUACCACUGAAGUCGAUUCCAUAGUAACCGAAGCGAUUUCUCUCUCCUCUUAUAUCAAAGUUGCUCUUGUGAUCCUCUCAAUUCUUCUCGUCCUUCUCAUCAUUCGAUACUCCGCAUAUGGAAUUCGAUGUUUAAUCUUCAAAGCACGCGACUGGAUUCAUUCGAUGGAUGAGAAGCCACCGCCUCAGGUGAUACUCCUCAUGCCUACAGAAGAUGGAAAGUACAGAAAGAGCUCGAAGAUGUAUAGUGAUGAACAGACAAGGCAAAUACUGGAUAAACUCAGAGACGAUUCGAUUGAGCUGUUCAACGAGCCGAAGAGAACCAAUAGCGUGGAAUCAAGAAGAACAAGACCACCGAGAUUAUCAGAAAGAAAGUUCAAAAAUUGGAAGGUUCCUGAAGAAUCUGUAUAA